AUGAUUCCCAUCACCAUCAUCACAGGCUUCCUGGGGUCAGGAAAGACUACCCUGAUUCUCAACCUCAUACCCCAGCUCCCCAAGACCUACAAGCUUGCGCUCCUGAAGAACGAGUUCGGUGACGUCGCCAUUGACUCCCAAUUGGCAUCAUCCAGCGCCAUCAGCGGUGUCCAGGAACUGCUCAACGGCUGCAUCUGCUGUAACCUCGUCGGUCAGCUCUCUGACGCCCUCGAGACGCUCGCAAAUGAUAUCACUCCAGAUCGCAUCGUUAUCGAGACCUCCGGGUCGGCGUUUCCUGCUACCCUUGCCAUGGAGGUCAAUCGGUUGUCGCAGAGUACCGGCAAAUACGUCCUAGAUGGAGUUAUGUCAGUCAUCGAUACCGAGAACUGGAAGGGCUACGAAGACACCUCGAUAACAGCAAAGAUGCAAGCUCGUUACACGGACCUGAUUGUGCUGAACAAAUGGGAACUCGUCAGCGAGAGGAGGGUUGAAGAUGUGGAGGAUAAGAUCCUUGAUCUCGAAGUAGACCCCCCAACUCCACGAACGAAGAGUGACAAGGGAUGGGUCGAUAAGGACAUAGUUUUCGGACUGGAUGCGAAGCUGGCGAAGUCCAUAGGCACAAAGUCCGAGCACCAUCAUGAUCAUGAUCAUCAGAGCGAAGUGGAGGUACUAUCAGUAACACUGACUUCGCCCUCGAAAGCCGGCGUCGAUGUCGAAAAGCUCCACAAGCUGCUAGAGCAGCCAACAAAGGACUCGAUAUACCGCAUCAAGGGAAUUCUUCACUCGUCCUCAGUGCCAAAAUCUUCUGGUGGAAGUGCGACCUCGACAUUGGAGGUCAGCAGUGGACGAUCGCGUUACAUUCUCAACUGGGCAUUCGGUCGAUGGACGUACACCCAGGUUCCUCCUCCUUCAACCACCACAACUCCACUCGCAUCCGGCACUGCUACGCCAAUAAGCUCUGGACAGAACACACCACUUCCUCCGGGCGAAGAGCCUGAGCUGCGGUUGACGGUGGUCACCGCAAAGUACGAAUCCAAUCAAUGGCAGAAACGUAUCGAAUCCAGCGGGUUCGUCUCGUUGCAGAAUUCAACCGAUGGCACCUUGACCGUCCAGCGGAUCCUUUAG